ACCUCGCGCUUCCCAAUUCAAAUUCACCGCUCCAAUUUCGACCAACCAACUAACUCUCUCUCUCUCUCUCAGAGAAUCGAAAAUGCUUGGGUUCAAGUCGGAAGAACAGGGCCAGCUACAGCUCGUCGAGCGCGAGGAGAUCGAAGACGAAGAUGACUUGUUUGAAGCCAUCGACAAAUUGAUAGCUCACGGAAUCAAUGCUGGAGAUGUGAAGAAGCUUCAGGAUGCAGGGAUCUACACCGUCAAUGGCCUGAUGAUGCAUACGAAGAAGAACCUGACCGGAAUCAAAGGAUUAUCUGAGGCGAAAGUGGAUAAGAUAUGCGAAGCUGCUGAGAAGAUAGUGAAUUUCGGUUACAUCACAGGAAGCGAUGCUCUGCUCAGAAGAAAGGCGGUGGUUCGCAUCACAAGUGGAAGCCAGGCCCUUGAUGAACUCUUGGGUGGCGGGAUCGAAACUAGUGCGAUUACAGAGGCUUUUGGGGAGUUUCGAUCUGGAAAGACACAGCUAGCACAUACUCUCUGCGUUUCUACACAGCUUCCCACAAGCAUGAAAGGAGGAAAUGGAAAGGUCGCAUACAUUGAUACUGAAGGAACUUUCCGGCCUGAUCGGAUAGUUCCAAUAGCUGAAAGGUUUGGCAUGGAUGCGGGAGCUGUCCUUGAUAAUAUCAUUUACGCACGUGCAUACACAUAUGAGCAUCAGUACAACCUGCUUCUUGGUCUGGCUGCCAAAAUGUCCGAGGAACCUUUCAGACUUCUGAUUGUGGAUUCUGUAAUUGCUCUUUUUCGUGUGGAUUUCACCGGAAGAGGAGAACUCGCAGAACGACAGCAAAAGCUGGCUCAGAUGCUUUCUCGGCUAACAAAGAUAGCCGAAGAGUUCAAUGUUGCUGUCUACAUGACUAACCAAGUUAUUGCUGAUCCAGGCGGUGGGAUGUUCAUAUCAGAUCCGAAGAAGCCAGCAGGAGGGCAUGUGCUUGCCCAUGCAGCAACAAUAAGGUUGAUGUUUAGAAAGGGCAAAGGGGAACAGCGUGUUUGCAAGGUAUUCGACGCCCCAAAUUUGCCAGAAGCUGAAGCAAUAUCCUUCCCCAGUUAUCUCACUUCUUAUUUACGUUUAGCUCUUAUUGUGAUUACCUAAAUUGCUCAAAUCUCACUUUGCAUUCAAAUAUUCAACAUCUCAAUUUCGAGUACCAAGAUUGCUUUGUUGGCCCGAAGUUCUUGACAAAAAGCACAUCUUUCAGAUAACAGCAGGAGGAAUAGCGGAUGCGAAGGACUGAAGGUUAAUUGGUGGAA